CCUCCUCAAAUCGGCUAUGUCGUAAUGCGCGCGUAUCGUUGAAACCGAAACGAAUAAAAAUAAGUACCAAUAUGACAAACAACAACUACAAACAGACGCAUCGCUCUUGAGUUUAGGUGGUGAGAGGGGGUAAUGGAGACUUUCUGGAGUGUCCCACCUGGGAACACGCACGCACACGCACUCGAGUUGCAUUCUCUAUCGAUAUGUACGGCCGUUGACGAAACAAUUUAAUUAGGCGACCCGCGCGCAGUGACGACGACGAUACGUCAUCGUCGUCACACCGAAUCGUCACGAGACCUCAUCGCACGGCGGCGGCGACGGCCGGUGAACGAGCAGUGAUCGAGUGCGUGCAUGCCAGUGCGUGCAGACGCGUGUGCCUCGUGUCUAAUAAUAUUUAUUUAUUUUACUUUUCUUCUUUGCGGGCGCCGGUAGUGUAAAACGACUACUUUAGCCGCCACCACAACAACAACAACAAUAAUAAUAAUAAUAAUAGUGUAAUCGUACUUUGACGCCGCGGCGUAUAAAACGUGCGGUCCGUCGGUCGCACGCGUUCAGUCCGCAUUAACGACCGUGCACGGCGGUCGCGAGCAACCGACCACGCACACCGGAUCCUCCGCGAACGAAUAACGCACUCUCGCCGCCCGCGCACGCAGCUAUAGACGACGUAUAGCCCCGGACCGCGGUCGCGUGCAUCAUCAUCGCUUCCCGGACCGUGGUCGUAUACAAUAAUACGACCUGUUACCCGCGAAACACAAACACCGUCCGCAUCGAUUAUUAUUGUUGUACAUUUUAAGCUGAUCGCAUUGGCGGACGGACGGUACAUCUCGACGGCGUGCUUACCGCGAUCGCCUCGUAACAUAAAAUAAUAAUAUUAUGAUGGGCAGCGCCGACGUCUGGUGGUCGCACGUGCCGGUCGUCGGCCGCGCGGUCCGAUUCGCCGUGCUUUUGAUCGUCCUUCGGCUUGCCGAUUUCAUGACGGCGGUGACGUGCGCCGACGACGACAGACACCAGCAACACCUUCAGCAGCAGCAGCACGUCCAUCUCACUGAACUGGGACGUAACAUAAUCAAAGGGCUGAAACUGGAAAAGUUACCGGACAUGACCAAGGUGGACAUCAGCAACGAAGAAUUCCACUGCAAGUAUUUGGAAUAUUUCCGGCGAUUGUAUGAGGAUGAAUCAGAAUUUUACGAUCCCGACGACAACGAUGAUGUAACAAUGGCAGCGGGUUAUGAUAAUGACGAUCACGACGUAUCCGCGAUACAAGUACGGGGCCGAGUGAAACACUUCGGCGGCGAUAACAGAGACGACGAAUCUCCGCGGCUGCCAACAGAUGAUGACGGUGAUGUGAUGCAGCGCACUGCGACAAUCACGUUCCCGAUUGAUGAGACGAUGGUGCGCGGCAGCGUGACAGUCAUCAAAUCGGUGGCACGAAUCUACGCGGACGCCCCUCAUGUACGGGUCCACGUGUACGGUCGCCUGCUAAAGUCAGCCGUUGCCGUAUCACGGGAAACCCCGUCUCUUGUCGCCGACUUCACGAGUGGCGGCGGUAGACGGUGGAUGGACGUGGACGUCACUCGCCUGUUGCGGCCGCGGAAACGUCACCACGGUGGUGAUGCGACAGCCACGUCCUUGGAACUGUCGUUGCGGUAUUCAGCAACGGCUGCCGGAUCGAUCCAUUUUGGAAACGAAACGGUCACCGAUGACGGCCGACAUCCCGUUUUGCACGCUUUCGUGGAUGGGGCUGUGGAUGGCGAUGGGCGUUCGGCGACCGUGGCCGUUCGAUGCUCCGGCGAAACGAAUCGGAAAAAACGAGACGGCGGCGGUAGUCGCGGCCGUGGUAAAAAACGUCGCCGGCCGGCCUCGUCUGGCCGUGUCCGUCGGACCGACUGCAAGGUCGAAACGUCGGUGGCUGCGGGAAACGACAACGGGACCGAGCACGGCGGCGGGAACAAAUGUUGCCGGGAACAGAUGCGUGUCGUUUUUGCCGACAUUCCGGGUUUCGAUUUUAUCAUCGAGCCCAAGUGGUUCGAUGCGGGCCUUUGCCGGGGACGGUGCCCGGCAAAGUACAAUCCGGCCACCCGGCACGCAUUCAUCCAGAGCCUGUUGUGGAAACAGCACAACAACCGCCGUGGGGGGGUCGCCGGUGGGGAGAGGCGGUCUCGGAGAAAGGUCCGCCACGGCGGUGGUAGCGUGGUGGCAGCCACGACAAAGGCCCCUCAGCCUCCGCCCAAACCGUGUUGCGCUCCCAGAAAACUCGACCGGUUGCAGAUCAUUCACGUUGACGAGACGGACCCGAGCUCGCUGAAGGUGACCACGUGGAAAGAAAUGGCCGUCGUAGAAUGUGCUUGUUCGUGAUCGAUGUCCUUCGGGUUAAGUUUGACGACAGUGCACGAUGAAAGUGUCCCAUCCGACACAAACCCCUUCGCCGAUUACAGUAUUAUUUUAUUGUUGUUAUAAUCGAGCAUGGGUAAAUAUUAAUUAUCGCAUGCGAUGUAUGUAAGUCCUGCUCGGAAUGGUCUGUUCCCCUCCCUUAUCAUCGCUUAAUUUUAUUGUUUUUCGCGUUUUCUAUAAUAUACCUAUACUAUGUUUGGUCAUUCAAAUAUUUAAUAAUACUGUACAAAUUUCAAAAUGAUUUUUGAUCCCUCCAUUUCAAAGGUAAUAAUAUUUUGGAUAACAAUUCCGUAGACGGCAAAUCAAAAAUCAUGAACUACUUGGUGCUUUUCAUGUAGAGCAUUUUUAUUUAUUUAUUUAUAACAAACUCAAAUAGUCAAUAUAGUUUUUUGGUGUCACACAAGUGUUGAAAAAUUCCGAAUCAACCAUAAGGGAUGGCCAUGUAUAAAUAAUGACUAGGAGACGAACCCGAAUGUUUAAUAUUUAUUAUAGCCCUAUAAUAGGUAAUAAGGAAAGAUUUGUUGAUCUCGGCGCCGCGGUCGCAUAGUGUUUAAGCAAUUUAACAAAUAUUACGUAUUAUGUAUGCGAUAUAUGCGCGUUCGAUGACGAAUCGCCAAGAUGUACGGGCCAAAAAUAUAUUAUACUAUUAUUAUUUAUUGUAUAAUAAGCUCAAAAUGAUCUAACAAAUUUUAUAUUGUUUACGAGUUUAAUAUAUUAUAUUUUAUUGUUUAUUACGCAUUAGUUACAUUUUCUAUUAUACUACUAUAUAGCUAUUAAUUUAAAUGUUUAGACUUUAGAUGAGUGUUCAUAAUAUGUAAUAAAAUAAGUUUUGAUGGUUUUGUAUAAAUAGGUAACGUAAGAAACCUGCAAGAGCCCAACUUGUGUUCAUAUAUUUUUGUAUAAUAUUAUAAUCUCGGAAAAUUAAUACUUUACAUUACUAUUUUUAUAGUAAGUAUUUAUAAAAACGAAUCGCGGUCAAGUUCAAUGUCGUUUAAUUGAAAACAAUAACGACUGUUUGUACUCUGUAACACCACGUUGAUUUAUUUAUGAAUUAUUAUUGUUUGUAAUUUUAUCUCUGCAUCUACGAUUUUAAAACGUUUAAACGCUCUCUGUAGUUGUAAGCGUUAUUGCAAAUAUUCACCACUAAAAAUGUUAUUUUUUUUAGCCCUCAUGUAGGUGUGGAUUAUUAAGCAUUAACUAUAUUUUAUUUUUCGUUUAUUUAUUAUUUUAUAUAUGAUAUAUUUUAAUACUUUGACAUAGAUACACAGUGUCGUCACUGUGCAUAACUGACUUAGAAUAUUAUAAAAUGAUUAGUUUUGAACUCCAAUAUUAUAAUAUGACUAGGUAUAUGACAUUUAAAUAUGGUAUGAUGUAUUUUUAUUACCUACGUGGGCAAGGAAUUAUGUAGCGUAAUAUUCUUAAGCACGAGUUUAAUAUUAGCCUUAGCUCAUUAUUUUUAAUAAUUUUUGUACAAAACACGAUCGGACGUAACGGCAUAUUACAUUAGGUACCUAUAUUAUAGUAUUAUCAUGAUUAAUGCGCUAUGUCCUCAAGGUGAAUCCCAUCCUAUUUUAAUCAUAUUAUAAUAUUUUAAUUUGUAUUCUAUAUAAUAUCACAAAUAUAUUAUAGUAAGCAUUUUUUGUUUUUUUUUUCUAGUACGCGUGUUUAUCAAUAAGUAAUGCGUUUUUCUGCAGUACAUUGUUGUUUUUUAUUUUAUAUUUAAUAUAUAUUCUAUGUUUAUAUUUUUUUUACUGUUUAUACCUACCUACUCAGUACUCAUUGACUAAAUGAUAUAGCAUUAUAAUAUUAACGCAAUCGGAAAGUGCCGACACUUAAAACAAUUGUUAGCUAUAAGCCUAUAAGUGUAUAAUACUAUUUUCUUUUUUAUUUACAAUCCUUUUAUCAAAUGUAUAAAAAAUAAAUCUUAAAAUACCCAAACGAUCAUAAAAAUAUAAAAUGCAAUGUUAGAAUACGUGAAAUAGUUUUGUUAUCGGUUUCGUAGUUGUUCGUUAUUUUUACUGUUAACCACGAUUACGGUUCUAUAGUAUCUAAAUAAACAAAAAAAUCGUCCAACCGUAUGUUAUUAAUAAUUUAUAUAGACAAACGAUAGGUAACGCUAUAAGGAAUAAGUGAUUAAAAUACUAUUACAUUUUAAGCAAUACCUAUAUUUUGACUGUGAUAUUUUUUACCUAUUAUUAAUGUUAGUAGUAGUUAAAAGUAUGUACUUAAAUAGUUAAAUGUAGUUUGAUUUCAAUUUUUCUGUUUUUUUUCAGUAAAUUAAUAAUUAUUGUCAUAGUCACAUGCGACGUGCGAUUACCAUAAUAUUGUGUCAUCUGCGGUAAUGUGACGUCUGCAUAAUGCGUAUAAUAAUAUAAUAAUGAUUGUGAAAAAAAUAAAUGUCUUUGCGUUA